UUGUGACUCCAUAUUGGAGAGCUCCACAACCCCCCCGAACAUAAUACAUGUAAGGGCUUGUGAACUUUGUCCAUGAGAGAAAUCAAGACAGGAGGACACGGCCAGUUCCCUGCUGUACAUCAUUCACAUUCUAGCUUGUCUCCUUCAGGCAUUAACCCCACCAGCAGAAAUGUGACUGAGGAGGCCGGCACGUAGAGCAAUGCACAUCUAAUAACCACCUCUGAUUCAAAGAUCCAUGUCACAGCUCUCCUCUCCUCAAGGGUGUGCAGCCCUGCCCAUCAUCUCAAGUCAUGGACUCAUAGACCCAGAGAAACAGGGCUGGAAGGGACCACAGAAGCUGACACCUAGUCCAUCUUUCCAACUACUCUCCAUCUCUUCUAGCCAGUGAAUUGUAAAUACAAAGUAGAAUGACUCAACUUCCAAAGGUGGGCUGGAUCAGUACGUGACUUGCCGCAGUAUGGUUACAUACUAUGCUAGGAGGUCACAAGAGAUGCUGUUUCAAACCCCAUCUGGAGAGGCAGGCCUAGGAUCCAUGUCUCUUUCUUUCCAGGCAAGUGAACUGACCUAUCAACUAGUGGGUCUUAAACACAGGAUAACCCUCCUUAUUCUCUGUCAAAAGCUGCCAGCAAGAGACUUUUUGGGGGACAUAAUAUUGUGAAUUAUGAAUACACAUUGUAUGCAUGUACUUUGCCAUGUACCGGCCUGGCCAGAAUGCAGCCUACUGAGCAUGUGCACUUGCUAUGUGGAUGUUUCUGCAUCCACACCACACCACUGCUAACACUUCAAAUGAAGCAUCCCUUUUUCCCAAAGGUGAAUCCCUGGAUGGUGGCACUGUGUGUGAUGCUAGUGGUAUUAUUCUGCUUUAUUCUCUUGACUGUAUAUCUCCUCAAGAUAAAGCGUGACCUUCAACAGAAACUUGAGAAGAAUCAUGAGCCAUCCAGGCUGUCUCUGCCAUGGCCUGCACAACUGGGAAUGUCUCUGUGGGAGACCGAGUCCUGGACUGGCGAAGUGGAGCAGGAGAAAGUGAUUCUGGAUCCAGACAUGGCUCAUCCCUAUAUCAUCUUGUCUGAGGACGGGAAAAGUGUAGGAAGAGGAUCCAGAUGGUAGAACUGGCCUGUCAACCCUAAGAGAUGUACUACACUUCCCUGUGUGCUGGGCUCUGACUAGACUAAAAUAGACUAGAAAAUGUUGGGAUUUGUAAAUGCCACUAGAACUGGAAAUGACCUGCAUUGCACUGUUGCUUUAUGUAAAGUCUUAGCUAAUUUGAAAUGGGGCCAUUGCAAGGACUUACACAUUUGAUUUGGAGAAGCUUUUGUUAUUUUCCCUUUUUUCCUUGUUAUUGUUUAAUUUUUACCAAGUGAUUGGGUGUUCUCACAAUUACAGAAUUUAAAACUAUAUCUGCUGAAU